UGAGCUUGUUGGUAAUACAUUACUAUGCACAAAGGGUGCCUCUGGGCCUGGGGCAGUCUAGACCAGUAUAAAAAGUCAGUCCAACUGCAGGCUCCCUCAUACACUUCUCUUGCCUUCUCCUCCUUGCUGAACAAGGUUCACCUCCAUCCCACAGCCAUGUCCUGCUAUGAUCUGUGCCGUCCCUGUGGGCCAACCCCACUGGCCAACAGCUGCAACGAGCCCUGCAUCAGGCAGUGCCAGGACUCCAGGGUCAUCAUUGAACCGUCUCCCGUGGUGGUGACCCUGCCUGGACCCAUCCUCAGCUCCUUCCCACAGAACACUGCUGUGGGAUCCUCCACCUCUGCUGCUGUUGGCAGCAUCCUGAGUGAGGCAGGAGUGCCCAUCAACUCUGGGGGCUUCAGCCUCUCUGGUCUUGGUGGCCGCUACUGUGGCAGAAGGUGCCUGCCCUGCUAAAGCCAGGCUGGAUGUCUCCAGUGAGUGCACAGACCAGGAAACCCAAAGCCAGGUGCUGGACUGAGGACAUUGCUGCUGGCCAGAGUUCCCAGAUGGGUUGAGCAUCCUUGUGUCCUCCUGCAAAGGAGGGAGGCAUGGAAGGUGCCAGCCUGUGGUGUCUGGAAUCACAGCCAGCUGAUGUCUUCUUCUUCUCCUGCUUUCUUCUCACAUCAUGAGCCCCUUUUGCCUCCUGCUGUCCUGUGCCAUGGGUUCAUCCUGAAGCAACUGGAGAAGGUCCCUGCUCACCACUCUCUGUGCAUGUGCGUCAGAUGAAGAUGCUUGUCCUGUUGCUGUGAAGAGGUGCCUGAGUGUCAGGUGCCCUUGUAGCAGCCUGGACGUUGUCUCUUCCAGGAUGCACUGCUUUGUUUCUCUCUUUUUAUUCAUUAAAAUUUAUGCUGCAUUGUAA